AUGCCUGUGGCCGGUUCCGAACCGUCGCUGCAGCCUUCGCCCGCCGCACAGGAGCCCGCGCCGUCGCGGCCCCACAGCGAGCUGCAGUACCUGGGCCAGAUCGAGCACAUCCUCCGCUGCGGCGUCAGGAAGGAGGACCGCACGGGCACCGGCACCCUGUCUGUGUUUGGCAUGCAGGCGCGCUACAACCUGAGAGAUGAGUUUCCUCUGCUGACAACCAAGCGUGUGUUCUGGAAAGGUGUUUUGGAAGAGUUGCUGUGGUUUAUCAAGGGAUCCACCAAUGCGAAAGAACUGUCUGCCAAGGGAGUAAAGAUCUGGGAUGCCAAUGGGUCUCGAGACUUUUUGGACAGCCUGGGAUUCACCACCCGAGAAGAAGGAGAUUUGGGCCCAGUUUAUGGCUUUCAGUGGAGGCAUUUUGGGGCAGAAUAUAAAGAGAUGCAUUCAGAUUAUUCAGGUCAAGGAGUGGACCAGCUGCAAAAGGUUAUUGACACAAUCAAAACCAACCCUGACGACAGAAGAAUCAUAAUGUGUGCUUGGAACCCAAAAGACCUUCCACAGAUGGCGCUGCCUCCCUGCCAUGCCCUUUGCCAGUUCUAUGUGGUAAAUGGUGAGCUGUCCUGUUAGCUGUACCAGAGGUCAGGAGACAUGGGCCUGGGGGUGCCUUUCAACAUUGCCAGCUACGCCCUGCUCACCUACAUGAUCGCCCAUAUCACAGGACUGAAGGUGGGCUGCUCUGGGGGCUAA